GGUUGCAGUGGUGGGGCACUGCCAGCCAAAAAUAACCAUGGGUCGCUGGGGUGGCAGGAAUCCGGGAGGGCAGCCGCUGACCUGGCUGGCUGUUCUUCUUGUCAGCCCGGUUCUCUAGCCAAGAACAGCAGAUGAGAAGCCAUCCAGGCCUGUGCUCAGAGAAAAGCUGGCAUCCUUAGCUUGGUUUCAUUGGUCACAUUGCCUUUUUUUCAUUGUGCAGAGCCUCCCAAUGCAUAAUUGUGGUGCUUAAGUUUUAAAAAGCCUCUCUACUGAGGUCUCAAGAAAUCGGAGGGAAUUUAUGAGAAAUGGGCCCAAGAGCCCUGGCUGGGAUGACGUGGAACACCUGGUAGUUCCUAUAUUUCACCUGCCCGGGCUGUCGCAAGGGAGGUGAUCUUCAUUGCUACCCUAUACGUUGUACUUUAUGACCGUCAUACCAGGCCUUCUUUGCCUGUCUGGGAGGUCUUAUCUGCGUUUUCCAGGCAUUGGAACUGAGCUCGAAAGUGACUUGUAUAAAUAAGGCCACAGGGCCAGUAAGUGGCAGCACUGGGAUUGAGUUCAGGGUUUUCUGCCAAAACUUCCUACCGGCUCCCAUGGAAAGGAUUAUAAAUUGUGCCAUUCAUCAUAACGCUGAGUGUUAACCCGGAGCCUUCUCAGACUGUCUUACUUCUUGAGGCCCAAACCUGUGCUAGGCUUUUGACUUCAUAGGGCAGAUAUACUUAAUUCUUACAGAACCUGCAAGAGAUUAUUUCCUUCUUUCAAGAGGAGGCCGAAGCUCAGAGUGGUGUAAUAACUUGCCCAAAGGCAAACAGUGGUAGUGGCAUGGAUUAGGUUGACAUUGAACUCUGAAGCUGUGACUUUCCACUCAAGUAGACAUAUGGUCAUAAAAAUUUUCUAGGUCCCAGAAGGAAAACGUUGCCUGGUGUAUAUUAGACCACAUUACUACAUCCUCCAGAUGAGUCUUUGUCUGCCUGAUGAGGAUGGGCAGGUCCACACUUGCCUUGUGGGAAGAUAUGUGCCCUGGCCAGUAGGAUGUCUUUUGGGUCAAUUAGUGAGACAUGAAAUACUGUUUUCAGGACACAGGUUGAGCACUUGCCUUAAGAUGCAUCACUGUAAGCGAUACCGUUCCCCAGAGCCAGACCCGUACCUGAGCUACCGCUGGAAGAGGAGGCGGUCUUACAGUCGGGAACAUGAAGGUAGACUACGAUACCCAUCCCGAAGGGAGCCUCCCCCAAGGAGAUCACGGUCCAGAAGCCAUGACCGCCUACCUUACCAGCGGAGAUACCGCGAGCACCGUGACAGCGAUACAUACCGGUGUGAGGAGCGGAGCCCAUCCUUUGGAGAGGACUGCUAUGGGUCUUCACGUUCUCGACAUCGAAGACGGUCACGAGAGAGGGGGCCAUACCGUACCCGCAAACAUGCCCACCACUGUCAUAAACGUCGUACCAGGUCUUGUAGCAGCGCCUCCUCGAGAAGCCAACAGAGCAGUAAGCGCAGCAGCCGGAGUGUGGAAGAUGACAAGGAGGGUCACCUGGUGUGCCGGAUCGGCGAUUGGCUCCAAGAGCGAUAUGAGAUCGUGGGGAACCUGGGUGAAGGAACCUUUGGCAAGGUGGUGGAGUGCUUGGACCAUGCCAGAGGGAAGUCACAGGUUGCCCUGAAGAUUAUCCGUAAUGUGGGCAAGUACCGGGAGGCUGCUCGUCUAGAAAUUAAUGUUCUCAAGAAAAUCAAGGAGAAGGACAAAGAGAAUAAGUUCCUGUGUGUCCUGAUGUCUGACUGGUUCAACUUCCAUGGUCAUAUGUGCAUCGCCUUUGAGCUCCUAGGCAAGAACACCUUUGAGUUCCUGAAGGAGAACAACUUCCAGCCUUACCCCCUACCACAUGUCCGGCACAUGGCCUACCAGCUCUGCCAUGCCCUUAGAUUUCUACACGAGAACCAGCUGACCCACACAGACUUGAAGCCAGAGAACAUCUUGUUUGUGAAUUCUGAGUUUGAAACCCUCUACAAUGAGCACAAGAGCUGCGAGGAAAAGUCAGUGAAGAACACCAGCAUCCGAGUGGCAGACUUUGGCAGUGCCACAUUUGACCACGAACAUCACACCACCAUUGUGGCUACCCGUCACUAUCGCCCACCUGAGGUGAUCCUUGAGCUGGGCUGGGCACAGCCCUGUGAUGUCUGGAGUAUUGGCUGUAUUCUCUUCGAGUACUACCGUGGCUUUACCCUCUUCCAGACUCAUGAAAACAGAGAACACUUGGUUAUGAUGGAGAAGAUCCUAGGGCCCAUCCCAUCACACAUGAUCCACCGUACCAGGAAGCAGAAAUAUUUCUACAAAGGGGGCCUGGUUUGGGAUGAGAACAGCUCUGAUGGGCGGUAUGUGAAGGAGAACUGCAAACCUCUGAAGAGUUACAUGCUCCAGGACUCCCUGGAGCAUGUGCAGCUGUUUGACCUGAUGAGGAGGAUGUUAGAAUUCGACCCUGCUCAGCGCAUCACACUGGCAGAAGCUUUGCUGCAUCCCUUCUUUGCUGGCCUGACCCCUGAGGAGCGGUCCUUCCACAGCAGCCGUAACCCCAGCAGAUGACAAGUGCAGGCCAGCAUACGAAGAGUUGGAGAGCUGGACUGGGCUCCUGGCCCCUUUUCUCCAGCUUCUCCCACUGGCCUCCGAGCCAGGGCCACCGAUGAACAGUGCAAUGUGAAGGAAGGCAAGGAGCCUGCAAGGGACGGGGGGAUGUGGUGCCCAGCUGCCAGAAAGCACAGAUUGGACCCAAGCUAUUUAUAUGUUGUAAAGUUAUAAUAAAGUGUUUCUUACUGUUUGUAACCCCCUGGUACCAGUGUGUCCAUCUCCAGGCUCCUUGCCUUCUCCCUUCUCUGACUGACUUAUUAAUAAA